AUGUAAGAAACAAAACAUACAUUUAAUAAUAUAUUAUUUCUCUAAGGAAGGUUCUAUAGGAGCAUACAAAAAAGAACAAAACUCCUUAAAAUGAUAUUUCAGAGGAUAUUAGAAAAUAAAUUAGCUAACUUAUUAAAAGAACAACUCAAUAAUAAAACAAAAUUAAAAAAAAUAGACAUUGUUUGUGAAGAAUAAAUAGGAAUCAUUGAUAACCAAGAUAGCAUUUUGAUGAAUUUACUCCUAGGUUAUUACACUAAAAGGAAUAAGAAUAUUGAAUACAUCCAUUUUUUUGAACAUCAAACACCUAUUAUGAGAUCCAUCUUAUUUGAUUGGAUUAGUGAAGUUUGCAAAGAAUUCACUUUAAAAAGAGAAACCUUACAUCUUUGCAUUCACAUUAUUGACAGAUAUAUGUAAAUCUAUAAAUAAGAAUUGCAAUUACUGGGUUUAGCAAGUAUAUAUAUUGUAUGUAAAUAGAAGUAUUUUAUUAAUUGAAUCAUAGGAAAUCUCUCUUAAGCCAGUAAUUAUAGCUUCACAGAAUAACAAAUCAUUAAAAAAGAAUAACAUAUGCUCACUUAAUUAUAAUGGUUGAUAAAUCCUCCUACUCUUUAUCUUUGGAGCACUUGGUAUUUGUACCUAACAAGCUUCGUACACAUUGCUUCGACAUUUAUUGCAUUAUUUGACUGUGUAAUCUUAGAUAUUACAUUAUAUUAAUUUCAAGAAGAGAGAUUGUUGCAUCUCUUCUUUAUUUGGUUUUACUUAAAUAAUUUAGUGAAAGCACAUACCAAAGAAUAGUUGAAAAUAAGCUCUAAGAAGAGAAGUUUUAGAUUUUCAACACAUUUAUAAACCGUUUAUUGA